UCAAGCAUUGGAGGAAUAUUAGCAACAAUUUUUUGGAAACAUCUUUUUCACAAGUUUCAAAAUUUUCUGAAAAGAUGGAUUAACAAAAUCAAAAUUAUUUUAAACGGGAAAUUGGUUCACCAAAUAAUUUUUAAUACGUUGUUUAACCCAAGCCACACAAGUAAAUUAUUUCAUAAUGUCACAGCAAACUCUUGCUCACUUCGUUUUAGAAAGAAAUAUUCGACACUCACCAAGGCGCUCCCCAUUGCGCACUUUGCAUACAAGUCUUAGUGGUAGUGAUGCUGUUGCCUCUCCCAUGUCACCAGAUGAGGAGGUUAUAAGACAAAGAGGUCAAAUUAGAACCAGUCCAAGGAAAAGGGCAUUCCAGACAUCAACCCCUGCCAUCACAGAUAUUGGUUUAUUAGACACAUCAUUAGAUACCAGUACUACCUCAUCCAGUGGUUCACGUACACCCACACGUAAAAAUGCUGCAGAUGGAGUCAGAAAGAGGCUGAUGUUAUCAACAUCUUACAUCAGCAGUGAUCCAGAAGACAGUCCUUGUCCAAAGGGUUUAACACAAUCAGCAGCGAAGAAGCGUAAAUCUAACAAAGGAACCAAUGAAACACCUGUUUCAAUAAAUAAGAGAUUAUCUGCCCUUAGUUCUGAACAAUUAACAGAAUUGCUGGGUAACCUUAUAAACAAACAUCCAGAUUUGAAAGAGGAAGUUGAAAAAAGUUUACCUAAGCCAGAUAUUGGACAUUUGAUGGACAAUUUGGAGUAUUUUAGGAAAAAUAUUUUCAAGUCAUUUCCAAAUUCAAGGUGGGGAUCGGGCAGGGAUGCAUUUUGCUUUCGUAGAGUAAAAACUCAUGUUGAAAACUUUAAGAGUACAUGUAUAAGUCAAGGUAAACAACUUCAGGAUGCUGGGUCAUGGGAAGCUAGUCUAGAGUACAUACUACAAGCCUGGGAGUGUGUAGGUAAUACCCCUGACUGGGACAAUAUAGCUCACAACAAAAGUAAAGAAAUGUGCUUCCGUCACCUAGCAACACAGUGUAAAAAAUCUGUCAAGGAAAGCAGUUUAGACAAGGAUGCUUAUAUAGCCAUCAAAGACAGGUUGGAAGAGGCUGUUAUAAUAAACAACCAGAUAUCACCAUGCAUUGAGAUAGUUGAUAAGAAAAUACAGAAAAUUAAAUAAAGAAAAUUUUACCAGUAGCAAAUUGAAAGAGUAAGUGGAAUGAAGAAAGAAAGAUAGAUGGAAAAAAUUAGCUGAAGAAAAUUUUUCUAGGGAUUUCCUGAAAUAUGCAGAGAAUCAAAGUUACAAAAAUUUAAACUAUUUUUUUUUAAAUGAAAAUAAUUGACUUAGUUUUGACAAAGUUUACAACAGAAUUAUUUUUAUAA